GUCAGUCCCGGUCGAGAGCCGCCGCUGUCCGCACGUGUUCUCUCCAGUGUUCAGCAGUGUACCCAAGUGUUCGCCCGUGUCAGUCGUCCCGAAAUGCAGCCAGCACGCUGGCCGCAUUGAACACGAAUAGCCAGGAUGCACGCUGUCGGUCUCCACUCCGCGCUCGCCAUCCGCCGCGAGCGGAAGCGUCGCGCAGAACAGCAGCGCGCCCGCGAGCGACGGUACUCGCUACAGUCCUCAGAGUCCGGAGUCACCUCUCCCCACUGCUCGACCGGUAGCCUCGAGCGACGCCGCCAUCGGAAGACAGGAACCACCGACAAUGAGGUCGUUUCCUCGGUGGGCAUGCUCCAUCUCGGAGUCGUUUUUCUCGUCCUUGGCGUUUUCCUCAUCGCUUCCGGCUGGUUACCCGAUGACGUCACGUCCUGGAGCAGCAUCGGCUCUGUUAGCUGGUUCAACGAACUCGUCUGCUCGGGACUGUUCGCUCUCGGCAUUGGCAUCUUCCUUAUAGCUCUGCACAAAUACCUGACGAAGUCAGAGGAGGAUGCGCUGGAGGAUUACGUCCAACGACAGUUGACCAGGUCCAGGUCAGGGCACAGGCUAGAAAGAGACGCAGAGACCGGCGGGAUGAGAACUAAGGGAACACGACGAGUACGAGCCACGGAGGUUCUGCCAGAGACGGUCACCGAAACAUACACUGAACCGUCGCCGGAUAGGGCUCAUGGGUUCGUGAAUGCUCUGGCCAUCAACGGUGACGCGAUGAGGGAGACUCCUCUAGAACAGAUCGUGGAGGAAGAAAUGUCGGUCGCUUCGGAGAGCGAGAAGCGACUGGGGAAGUUUAACAAGGACACAUAUUCCACACCGUCAGUGGCGCCCAGCCUCAGCCCCGGAUCUCCGUCUGAUACUCGCGAACUGCUCUCUGAUGGACGGUACAUGAUAAUGUCCAGGAUGUGAACGUCUUAGUUUGACAGUUCACUGAUUCCGUACAUCUUGCUUCUUUAUGGACUCGUUUUUGACUUUAUUGGUAAACAUGUUAUAUCACGAUAAUUUUCAAAAUACACUCAACAAUACUUCUAAUAAUGGUAAAUUUUCUCUUUUUUAAAUGAUAGACAUAAAAAAUCUUUAGAAGUAGUUUUCGAAUUAAGAGGAUUGAGCUCAACUUUGGAAGUUGGGCGCGUUCUCCAUCGAGAAUUAGGAUAUUCGGUAUCAGCGAAAUGUCAACUGAUGAGAACCGCCUUACGUCGAAGGCUUUCUUUAAUACAUGGACAGUAAAUCGUUCGUGCUACCAAAUAAAAUAUAAACUGACGCUACCGAAACUAACACCGAAGAGCUUACGGCUUCGUAAGUUAAAUGUUUGUUAAACGCUUCUCGUUCACAAUUACAGACGGACCAAGUCACGAUAGUGUUUAGAAGUAAGUUGUAUUUUGCCUUCUACGAUUGCACCCUCCACCUCGAUAGCGACAGAACCGUGACCCAGGUUGUAAACUGUUCUCCGGUUCUUUUUUAAAAGCCUUUUACGUUGAUACAAAACACUGAUAGCGGUUGUAAAGGCUCGCCUUUUAUCAAUCAAUCGUAUGUAUCAGCUGGAGACUGAUUAUUACUCUAUUCUCAAUAUGUUCACUUGUCUUUGGUGAUUGUGAUGUUAGGAACGCACGCUUUCUGUCCUAUUUGUUUCUUCUGUACCGAUAUCGAAGCAGCUGUGCCAAAAGUAAUAUAACAGUAGAAUUCGCUCUCGAGUCUCGCGACGCGACGGCGUGGGGCCGAUCGGUUUCUCUAACUUAUCAAGUCAUAAUAAAACUGAUCUCGUGUAUUUUAGUUGUUCGGAUACUUUUGCUUUUGGCUGUGAAAUUUACGUUACUAUAGUUAAGUAAAAAAUAUAUAAGACAUUAUAUCUGAUAUUAUAUAAAUUAUUUCUUUCAUUCAAUCUUGUGAUUAUUAAUGAUUUUAUUAAAUAUGACUACUUCGAUGUACAACUGUUUACUGUACUGAUAUUAUACAUAUGUCUGUAUCAGGUCCUAGUUGCCUAAGUAUUUCCGUGACCACUUUUAUCAUAUUAUUGUUGUAUGUCAUUUGACUUUGUCGUCUGACGGAUCCGAGUGUUGGCUUGUUUAUUUUCGUAUUACUUUACCUUUCGAUUCGUUGACUCUGUUGCUGUGCCAUACGCCUCGAGAUCCGGCGGUGAUGAUGAGUACAGAUCGAGGUGAUUAAUAAAAUUAAUCACUUUACAUCACGCGAUGUAACGAUCUCUGCUACAUGUUACUGCUUCUCGUACUUUUGAUCUGUUCGCUAGUAUGUAUGUCCGUUUGUUAAGUUUUUACAUAUUGCUAUUACUAUUAAAUGCACAAAUGUCGAUAUUUAAGUAUACUAUAUGAUAAGCUGAGAGAUGUUAGGGAAUACGAUCCGUGCAUAUUGUUCGUAACAAACAUGUUUUGGAGUUAUAUUAUCUAACAUCUCAGUAACUGUACAUUAGUCUUAACUAUUGUCGCCUCCGUGUUUAGUAUUUGCUAGCUUGUAAAUAUGAAGAGUGUAAGUGAGGGCGGUCACAGCACUCUGCGUCCUCACUGACCGACACACUGACCUGGUGUCUCGUCUACAAAAUAUCUCAAAUUAAAUGACACGUGUCAGUUAGCAACGCCAUGUAGAACAAGAAACGAAAAUUGAUAUAUAUGUGAUAACCGAACAUGCGGGAGUUAUGGUUUACAGAACGGUCCAUUUAAAUGUGUUACUUUCAAUAUAAAUAUCCUUAUCUCUCAAUAUAAAGAUCCGUCUAAAUAACUAGCUACUACCUAUAUAAUAUAAAUAUGUUAUCAGCUCGACGGUGAUGAUGGGGUGAUGACAGUCUCGUGGCCGGGCCUCGCCGGUCACGUCACAUGACGGAGGGUCUCUUAUAGUUAAUGAAAUAUUUUUCUCUCCUCUAAUGUAAGCAGCACUCACGAGGUAGCGUGGUCAUAGUAUGCACAUAUUAAACAUCUAACUUCUCGUGCCUAUACUUUUAUAUUUAGGUAUUUUUGAUAGCGUAUUUAAGAUUUCGAAUUCGUAUUUGCUGUAUCACGUGUAAAUAAUUAUUAUAUCACGCGUUCAGAACUAUUCAUAUUUAAUAUAACGUUCGAUACAUUAUACGUUAUUGUACGUUUAGUUGUUUGUACUUUUGAAAACUGAAGCGUUAGGCUUUGACGAACAGCUCACUGACUAACUAACGCGUAAAAUACUUUCUGCGACGCGGCUUCGGAGCGACUUGUGUAAUCACGAUGCUGCUAGGGGGGAGGAGGAGAAGGGGAGGUGAACUUAGUGUCAAAAGUACAGAUAACUUUAAUAGCACGAUUUGAAACCAAGCAAUAUUAUAAUAAGCAGUGCUUCGCUACAUCUCUCACACGUACUAGAAUAAAAUAAUUCGCACAUUAAGACGUGUCACAGUGGUCGCUGACGGACUCAUCUUGUCAUUGGAGCCCCGACACUAGCUUCAUCCUAGAUAUAAAAAUCGCUUGGAGGCUUGCUGGGCGAAGCUCCCCUCACGUUCCUUGCGGACGAGCCUUUAUAUCAGAGCACAAGACGUGAUUUUAUACACAGAAUAUUCUACUAGGUUGUCUUUGUUUUCCAUAAUUUUACAGUUUUGGUGUCGUGUGAAGCUCAAACGUGUUAGUUGUGAAUUUUUUACGCUAUUUCGAUGUCGUGAAGAAUUUUUAUAAACGCUUUUGCGCCUUUUUAAUCGAUUCUAUAUGCGUGUCCGCGCAACUCUAUGUAUAAGACGAGCCGGUAGUGACGUGGCGUCUGCGUGGUUAGCUCCAUUAUUGUAUUAUAUGAAAACUGCUUUAAACGAACUGAAAAAAAAAUUAAUAAUAUAACGAGUGCACGAUCUCCUGCAACUGUUAAAUAUACUAGUACUAAUUUGAAAGGAUUUUCUUUAGAAUGUAUAGUAUAUAGUUUUGAUGAUUUUCUGACAUGAGUUUGUAAUUUCACUGAGGCGACUUUAUUAAAUGAAACGUAUGAAAUAAAUCGAUAAUAAGAGUCGACGCCGACGUCACAUCACUAUUAAAUGUCCUUCAGUUUAUUGACAGAGUUCAUGAAAGUGUCUGACUUUCAACGAUUCAAUUUAUAUUGUUUUAUGAAAAAUGUCGAAGAAAUUAUAGUAAAACAUGUUAGAGAAAUAGGUGCGGGGGUCCUGCGAGGCCACUUCAAGAAGAACUCUGAAUGAAACGUUCAACUUAAUGUACGUACUGACUAAAAUAGCAACAAGCAACAGAAACAGAGGAACGCCUGCACCUAUUGUUGUGACAUGGUUGUAACAUUAACAACAGACCAACAGACAUUUGUAAGAACGCAAUACGUUGAUGGAAAAUGUAAGAUAAAUGUUUACUCCAUUAUGUUCUUAGAGAUCUCGUUUCAUUUUGAUUCAUAUAAAGCAAACGAGUAACACAUUUUCCUUCAAACAAAUUUUUAAUAACACAUUCCUUAGACACGUAUUUUAUUUAUUACACUUAUUAAUUAAUAAAUUGAUAACUACUCUAA